AUGACAGGAGGUGAGAAAGCACCUACAGUAAAGGACGUUGCUCAUCAACAAAAACUUGAUGGAGAACGUUUAUCAGUCUUGGAAAAAGAUGUAUCAAACAUGAAGCUCAAGAUCACUUCAAUCGAAGAAACCUUGAGUUCUCAGUUUACUACGAUUUGUAGACACCUUCAUAUUCCAAUACCUCCAGAUCCAGGUGCUUCUGCUGAAACUAACGAUGUUCAUCAACAAACUGAAUCUGAGUUUUCUUCUAGUAUGAUACUUCCUUCAUUUAAUUUUUUUCGUCAACCUAAAAUUGACUUUCCCAGAUUUGAUGGUUUUAAUCCUAGAGCUUGGCUUCGUAAAUGUGAACGAUUCUUUUAUUUGAAUGUUGUUGAUCCUUCUAAGAGGGUAGAUUUAGCUUCGAUUCAUAUGGAUGAUAAGGCUGAUGCCUGGUUUUUGGAUUAUCAAGAGGAUGUUGCUUAUGAUAACUAUGUUGGUAGCUUUAAUAAAUUGUCUCAGACCACUACAGUAGAAGAAUACUUUGAGAGAUAUGAGUCUUUCAAAGCUAUUAUGAAAAAUAAGAAUCAGAGUUUUUCUGAGGAUUAUUUCACUAUGAGUUUUAUUAGUGGAUUAAAAGAGGAAAUUUGUAACCCUGUUCAGAUGUUCAAAACUAAUUCUGAUUCUGAGGCUUUUUAUUUAGCUCGUUUACAACAAGCUUCAGUUGAUUCUCAACUGAAAAGAUCUAAACCGUUUCAUCGACCAUUCACACCAUCCACGAACUCUUUUUCACCAUCAUCUAGGUACAAACCAUCACUAGCACCACUCACCAAUCUUUCUAAAACAUAUUUUUCAUCUGAUAAGCCAAUCAUUACACACCCUCUUACCCCAACCAAACCUGAACCAUCAUUACCUCCAAUAAAACGGCUUACACCUGCUCAAAUGCAAGCAAGGCGUGACAAAGGCUUAUGCUAUAACUGUGAUGUUUUUUACAAGCCGGGUCAUCAUUGUAAAACUCAACAGCUCUUCACAUUAGUUGCCUCUGAUGAGGACAACUCCUCUCCACCUAUUGAUGACUCAGAAGAAGAAGCAGCUUCUCCUACAACUUCAGAAGACACUACUAUGGAAAUUUCUCUCCAUUCCUUAACUGGUUUGGUGAAUCAGAGUAUUAUUCGAGUCCCUAGUAAACUUAAUAAACAUGAUAUUUUUAUCUUGAUAGAUACAGGGAGUACUCAUAGUUUUAUAGAUGAAAAACUUGCCAACAAAUUACAGCUUCACUUGGUUCCAACUGGUAAAAUGCUAGUCACAGUCACAACUGUCAGUGAAGGUGUUUGUCAAGAUUUACAGUGGUCUAUGCAAGGGUAUCACUUUUCUGCAGAUCUAAGAAUACUUCCAUUAGGUGGGUGUGAUAUGGUGUUAGGUGUUGAUUGGUUAAAAAAGUUAGGAGAUGUCAUGUUCAAUAUGGCUGAACUCAAAGUUUCAUUUCACCAUCAUGGGAAGCUCAUUACAUUACAGGGGCACUCACCAACUCCUUCUUGCAGUUUGCUUAGUGGUGAAUCUUUCUUCAAAUUCAUUAAGAACAACACUCCCUCACUCAUUGGUCAGUUUUUCUCCAUUUCUGCUACCCCUCUCACUCCUACACCUCCAGAAAUUACUUCUUUACUUCAAGAAUAUGCAGAUGUGUUUGCUGAGCCUUCUACUCUCCCUCCACCAAGAGAGUUAUAUCACAAAAUUCCCUUAAAACCAUCUUCCCUACCUAUUUCUCAAAGACCUUAUAGAUGCCCCUACAUAAAAAAAGCAGUGGUAGAGCAGCUGGUUCAAGAAAUGAUGGAUGUUGGGCUUAUACAGGACAAUCACAAUCCUUUUGAUGCUCCAAUAUUAUUGGUUAAAAAGAAAGAUGGCUCAUGGAGAUUCUGUGUGGACUAUAGGAAACUUAAUGACAUGACCAUUAAGGAUAAGUUUCCAAUUCCACUAAUUGAGGAGUUACUAGAUGAACUCAAUGGGGAUAUCGUAUUCACUAAAUUGUACUUGAGAUAUGGUUACCACCAGAUUAGGAUGCACAUUCAAGAUAUUUACAAAACUGCAUUCAGAACCAUGGGCAUUUUGAGUUCAAGCAAGUCCUUAGAGGACCACUUGGUGUAUCUUUCUGAAGUCCUAUCCUUACUGAGACAACACUGCCUCUCAGCCAAUUUCAAGAAGUGUUGUUUUGCUCAACCACAAUUGGCAUAUUUGGGUCACCUCAUUUCUACAGAAGGAGUUGCUGCUGAUCCUGACAAACUAGGUGCAAUGCAGGAUUGGCCACAACCAACAAACUUAAAGAAACUAAGAGGAUUUCUUGGCCUCGCUGGUUAUUAUAGGAGAUUUAUCAAAGGGUAUGGCACCAUUAGCAGGCCACUUACUGACAUGAUCAAGAAGAACUCAUUUUUUUGGUCUCCUACAGCACUACAAGCUUUCACAACACUUAAACAAGCUAUGAUAACUUCUCCACUGCUGGCCUUGCCAGAUUUUUACUCCCCAUUUGUCUUAGAAACUGAUGCAUGCUCCAAGGGUGUGGGUGCUGUGUUGAUGCAAUUUGGUAGACCCAUUGCCUUUUUCAGUAAGCCUCUUGGACCCAAGGCCUUAGCUCUAUCCACUUAUGAGAAAGAACUCUUGGCAAUAGUGAUGGCAGUACAAAAAUAG